UUUCUCUAGUGUUAACUUAAAGCGUACAAAUAUAUGUCUUGUUUACUGGUGUGAUAAUUCUACAAUAAUUGAAAUUCUUUGAUUUACCGGUUUGUGUAGCUCGAAAUUUGAGCGAAACGUUUAGGGUUUUCAUAGUGGCAAAAUCUGUUAAUUUUUUGCAGUGAAAUUGAAAUGCAUUUUUGUAUUUGGCAAAAACUUUAAUCUAAUGCAUACCUAUUGUUUGUAAACGUAAGGAUCUUUGCCUGAUUGACCUGCGACAAAAUAAUGUCAUCCUUAGUCAUGUGACAAAACAUGUUGGAAAUGGAUGCAGCAAUUAGAGAUGAGGAUUCCAAUCACAAUAUGGCAACAUCAGCAUCCAAUAACAGUUCUGCUGUAUCCACGAUUUUACAGAUGUGUCAAUCAAGCUGCACUGAUUACGUAGGGGUUUUGCCUCCACCUCACAUCGACAUGGUAAGCGUGAGUAGCGUUGAACUAAAUGCUCAAACAUCUUUAAGUGAUGAUUCUGGCGUGCCACUUACGACUAACAGUUCAAUAUCUAGUGGAGACUCAUAUAGAAUGGGAUUAUGUAAACAUGACAUUGAUAUUGUGGAAAGUGAUGGUGAAGUCUCCCAGUUUGAUUCUCUAGAUAAUUGUUCAGAGGCUGGCAUGAGUGCGGAAAAUUUUAAUACAUUAAAAAAAGGACCUUUAGCACCAAUAGAUCCUCCACUAGAGUUUCAGGACUCACCAAAUAUAACAAUUGGCCGAUGCAUUAUGCAAAAACUACGACGAUUAUCUUCUUCACACUCUUCUUUGGAACAUUCAAAAGAUUCUGAACAUAAUGAAAAUAGUAUUAACGGGGACAGAAUUUUUUGUAAAGACUCCGACGUAGAAGCCUCACCCCAAUAUUUUGCGAAGUCGCACAAAGAAGUUUACCUCAUAAAGAAACCAAUAUACUCAAGUGAUUCCAUUCUAAGUAAUAAAGUAGAAAAUGUGUAUGACGAGCCAAGCAACCUGAUAUGUAAUUUCGCUUUUAAUAAUGCUGAAAAUUUUGAGUCAAAUACGUCUUCAAAUGCACUGUUAUUACCACAAACUUCACAUCCCCCGGAGAGAGUAAAAAGAGAUAUUUGUCCAUUUUAUCAAGAUCAUUCUAUGUAUUUUAAAGCAAUACCGUCAGAUCAAGAUAGUGUUAUAAGUGCUGUUAAGAAGUUUAAUACAUUUGGGCUCUCAGAAAUUCAUGAUUAUGAUCUCUAUUAUGGAAUUAGGCGAAACACCUUUCAAGGGGAAAACGGUCUACAAAAAAAAGUUUUGUACAGUCCUCGUAAAGUAACAAAUUAUUGUCAUAAUCAUCAUAUAUAUACAGGACCAAAUGGGUGCACCAAUCGACCUAAUUCUCGCAAUUCUUUGAACAGUCGUCUUUCGAGUUCACAUAAUUCAUUAAGCACUUCAUCGGCAAAUAAACCAGACGAUUCGAUAUUCAUUACUCAAGCAAUGUCCCACGAUGCUUUACUUACUCGGGAAAUAUCUGAUUUUUAUAACGUGCCCAUAGAUUCAGAUAUAUACGCUCUACCAAUAGAUAUGAUAAAAACGGAUAAAAAUAGCAGAGUUGAGUACAAAGAAGAUAAGCUUACGGAUUAUAGAAAAAUAAAUAAUUUAAUAUUCACUGAAGAGGACUAUUAUAAGCAUUCUAAACUAAGUCGUAAAAAUAAUAGAAACAAACGGAAAAAACGAAACAGUGAUACUUACGAAAAUGAUAUAAAAUAUGAUAAUUAUAAGUUCACUUCAAAUGCUUUCAAAUUAAAAAAUAAAAAGCCAGCUGUUUUGAAUGAAACUGAGGAUUAUGGCACGCAUAGAUUUUCUAAUACUCAAUUAGAUUUGAAUCCACCUCAAGAACGACUCCAUAUGACUUUGAGCGAAGUAAAAAAAUAUUAUCAAACUAUUUAUACUAGAACAAAAAACCGGACAAGUAUUAAUAAUGAACCUGAUAAAACUGCUUUCAAAAAACAGUCCGAAUGCACGAAAGGUAAUGAUUCAUCCCCACGUUCCAGGCCUAAUCUUUGUUCUAUCGGAGAAAAUGUUUCUACAGAAUGUAAAGUAACCACCAGAACUUUCAAAAGCUAUAACGAAAAUAAUGAUAAAAUCAAUAACAACAAUAUAAAUAACAUCGUGUUGGCCAAUAAUUAUAGUAUUACUGAAAACCAAAUGAUAAAAGUUGAGGAAGUGGAUUUAUCUUCUCAUGUCAUACGAAGCGAGAAGAAAACACAAUUUUCACUAAAUUUAAAACAAAAGUUUUGUAAUAUAUUUCGAAUUCGACGGACACAACCGCAAUGUCAAACAAACCCGCCCGGUAUUGAAGAAAAUAACAGUAAUCGCGAAAGAAGAAGCACUGCAGAAAAACACAAAAAAUUUCAAUCUAGAGCACUGCCUCCAUUACCCAAGAAGACUGAGUCUUAUAUAGAGCAAAGCAGAGGAAACUCCACAAAAAAAGAGGAAGUAAGGUCUCUUCAAUUCACAUCUAGCAUUGAGAAAGUUAAGGAUUAUGGAUGGUACUGGGGUCCAUUAUCAAGCGAGGCCGCGGAGAAAGUCCUUUCAACAGAAUCAGAUGGAAGCUUCAUUGUACGUGACAGUUCUGACGAUCAUUACAUUUUUUCCCUAAGUUUUAAACUAAAUAAUAGUGUUCGUCAUGUUCGAAUAGAACAGGAUCAAGGGACGUUUUCAUUCGGUUCAUAUGCAAAAUUCAAAUCACAGACUAUCACAGAAUUCAUCGAAAAGGCGGUCGAGCAUUCAAGAAGUGGAAGGUAUCUAUUUUUCCUUCAUAGAAGACCAGAGCAUGGCCCAAUGAGAGUGCAGCUAACGAACCCAGUUUCAAGAUUUAAGCACGUCCAAAGUUUGCAGCAUAUGUGCAGAUUUGUGAUCUUAAAAACUGUUAUACGUAAAGAUUUGAUACAAACGUUGCCGUUACCGAGAAGACUUUUAGACUAUCUUAAUUAUAGGCAUUGUUUUUCUGAACAAAUUGAAAUAGACAGUUCACACGUUCAGAUGCCCGAGUAGAAAAUGGACGACUAAUUGGAAAUACAUAAAUAGAAAGUAUGACAUACGUAUUAUGAACGCAAAAAUAGUGUUUAGAAAUGUAAUAGAAUUUCGGCGGUAUAUAUAUUUAAUUUAUUGUUGUAACUUUUUGUAAAAACAUAUUCUAUAAUAUCUCUAUAAAUAUGGGAUAACUGAACCAGA